AAAGCUCACACAAAUCAUAGGCCGUUGUACAAAACGCAACAUGGCAAUUAAAUUAGUAAUCAUUGCCGCUUUGGCAACCAUCGCUCGUGCUGGAGCACCCUAUGGAUACGCAGCAGCCCCAGCUGCAUACGCCGCUCACGCGCUUCCAUACGGAUACGCCGCUCCCGCAUAUGCAAAAAUUGCGGCGCCUGUUUCAUACGCAGCACCAGCUUUGUCUUACGCCGCCGCCCCAGCCGUGUCCUAUGCACACGCUCCAGCUGUAUCCUACGCCGCUGCCGCUCCAGCAAUCAGCUACGCUCCAGCCAUCGCUAAAGUAGCCGCCCCAGCUUACGCAUACGCCGCACCUGCUAUUGCCAAAGUUGCCGCUCCAAUUGCUUACGCCGCCCCCAUCGCCAAAACCAUCGUUGCCGAACCGGUCGCUCCACCAAACUACGAAUUUGGAUACGCCGUCAACGACCCCCACACCGGAGACUCAAAAAGCCAACAAGAAGUCCGUCACGGUGACGCCGUCCAAGGCAGCUAUUCCCUCAUCGAAUCUGAUGGCACCAAACGUACCGUUCAGUACACAGCCGAUGACCACAACGGCUUCAACGCAAUCGUUACAAAGGAACCCAUCGCAGUUAAGGCCGUAGCGCCCGCCGUUGCCGUAGCACCCGCCGUAGCGAAAAUUGCAGCACCCGCAUACGCGUACGCCGCACCAGCCCACGCAUACGCCGCACCAGCCCACGCAUACGCCGCACCAGCUCACGCUUACGCAGCGCCUGCCUUAAGUUACGCUGCCGCACCAGCCUACGCCAAAUUCGCCGCGGCGCCUGCCAUUAGUUACGCCGCCCCAGCCAUCGCCAAAUACGCUGCCGCGCCUGCAAUUUCCUACGCGGCCGCCCCCGCCAUCGGUUACGGAUACGGUGCCCCAAUUGCCAAACUUGCCGCUCACGGCUAUUAUUAAAAGUACCUUUGUUUUUUAGUUAUUUGUGUAUAAAUUUUUGUAUAUUUAUUUAAGGCUGUUUUCGCCAAAUACAA